AUGGACCUUCCAGACGCAAAACCCCCGUUCUCCCUCUCUGGCGUCGCCGAUAGAGCGUGGAAUAUGGUCGUAGAGGCUGCAUUUAGGACAGGUUGGACGCCUGCUGCUCGUCUUGCAGAGGCAGCCGUCGUUGCGCUCAUGCAAAAAAUCACGGUAGGACACCUCCGUGUCUUGACGCUCUCCCACAUCUACACGUUCCCAAUUGCCGGGCCUGGCAACGAGCAACCCACAGUUCCCGACCCACGACCCGAUCUCAAGGCUGAACUCCGCGUUGUCAACGAUGCAUUCUGGGUCCGUCUGUGCACCAUGGGGGACCUGGGGUUCUCGGAGGCCUACAUGUACGGCGACGUUGAGUGCGACGACCUCGUCGCGCUAUUCCAGAUGUUCCUUGAGAACAGGGAGAACCUGUCAAAUCUCGACUCGACCAUGUCGUAUCUCUUCACACUGCCGCAGAAACUCACGUCCUAUCGAUUUUUGAACACAAUUGGGAAUUCAAGAUCGAACAUCUCCGCGCACUAUGACAUCUCGAACGACAUGUUUGCGGGCUUUCUGUCCCAGGACAUGACGUACUCGUGUGCCAUCUUCCCCGAGCUGGACGGGGAUCUCGGGGAGGGCAAGUCCUCCACCUCACAGACCCAAUGGAGCGGUGGCCAGGGCCUCAAGAGGGUCGCCGCCGCCCACUCCCUCUUGCCAUCACCACCAUCAGAACCCGACAGCCCACCACCACCAAACGAAUCGAAAAUAUCCAUCAACAUCAACCCACCAUCGGUGACCGCGCCGUCACCAGAUGAAGAUCCACUAUACCUGGCCCAGCUCCGCAAAUUGCAGCAUAUAAUCAACAAAUUGCACGUCCCGCCGCCAUCCGCGUCCAGCAAGCCAGUCCGCGUGCUUGAGAUCGGCACUGGGUGGGGUGCACUUGCGAUCCAGUUAGCUUCGCAGUACCCCCACGUUGAGAUCGACACUAUCACGCUCUCCAGUGCCCAGAAGGUGCUCGCGGAGGAACGGAUCGCCGCCGCAGGACACAGUGAGCGGAUUCGAGUUCACCUAAUGGAUUACAGAAACAUGCCGCCAGAGUGGGAGGGACGCUUCGCGAGAGUUGUGAGCAUAGAGAUGAUCGAAGCCGUGGGUAGGGAGUUUCUGGAGGGUUAUUGGAAGAUCGUGGACUGGGCGAUGGAGAGGAAAGGCGCGGUGGGCGUGGUGCAGGUCAUCACGAUCCCGGAAGCUAUGAACCCGAACCUUUUGCCUUCACCCCAGAUAUUCCCAGGCGGCUUCCUCCCAACGCUCACCUUCCUCAUGUCCACGCUCACCGCCGGCUCAAAGGGCAAGCUCGUCGUCGAGUCCAUCGCAAACAUUGGGCCGCACUAUGCACGCACGCUCCGCGAGUGGCGCCAGCGUUUCGUGACGCGCUUCGACGCCAUCAUCACGCCCGCUUUGCAGAAAGAGUACCGCGAGCGACAGGUCGCGGAUGGGGUAGCGGCGAAGGAGGUGAAAGUGCUGGGGAGGGACGAGAUUGAGGUGUUUAAGAGGAAGUGGAUAUACUAUUAUUGUUAUUCUGAGGUUGGGUUCACGACACGGACGCUGGGAGACCAUAUCCUGACGUUUAUGCGCGAGGGUAAUCAGGAAUACGGAUGUGACGUCUACGAAUAG